AUGUACCGACACUGCGUGCGAUCAACGUCGGGCACAACGGUGAAGGCGGCCAACCCUGACUACGUGGAUGGCAGCUCCUACACGGACUUGCCGCUACCGGAUUGGAACACGCCGGCGAAGUGGUGCACAGGCCAAGGUGCUAAGCUCAUCGAGAGUGAGGGCAAGCAGCUGAGGGAGGAGAACCACAAGAUGGAUAUGUCUUUGCUCAAGGUGUUCGUGGACACGGAUCAGCGAGAUGCCACUACUGCAAACUCCCUUCUGACGGGUCUUGCCGACAAGGAUGGCAUCUACGUUAGCAAGGUAGAGUACUUUCCAUUGCUCUUCAACGCUAAUGAGCCAAAUUAUGGCAAGGGAGUGUGUGAUGCUGCUGACGGUCAGCUUGUUUCAGCGCAGAAGCAGAGGCGGCUGGACACGACGCCCAUGCCAAUGGGCAUCGGCCUCGCUGGCGACAUGAAUCAGACAAGGUACACAGAAGUACUGGAGCUGAUGGAGAGCUUCAUCGGAAUCGGUGCUGCGGGGCCGUUGACGGACCUGGCCAGCCCACCGUACCUUAACAAGACGAACGGUCAGCUGACUGGAGCACCUGGAGUGAUGAAACUCUUUGCACAGAACCUCCUGUAUGCCUAUGCAUCAGGCAUUCCCUACAAGACGCAUGCGCCGGCCAGCCGGGAGCAGAUCUACCAGCUCAGCUCCUGGAUAUACUGGUAUCGGCAGAUCAACGAGAUACCGGCCGUCUUGGUUCCGGAGAAAGCCUGUGGUGUCCUCUCCAUCAUUAUGACGUUGCUUGACACUUCCAAGCGCAGAAACGUCAUCUAUGUCGGCCACGACAGCGAUCUUGACGCAUUGGCGCACUUCUUUCAGCUUCGCUGGAAGGCGCCUCCUUUUCCAGGGCCGCGUCCCACGCCACCGGGCUCUUCACUGGUCUUUUCGCCCAACAGCGACGGCACGGCUUUAGUACAUUUUGCCUAUCAGGACUUCGACUCCACAGACGACUCUGAAGUCAAGGUCGUGCCCGCCAUUCCCUGCCGGGUGGAUUUGCAUGAAGCACAAGCGUUCAUCGAGAAGCAGAUCAUUCAGCUCGCAGGUCGAGGAUGCCUCAAAGGUUGCCGACGAACCCUUUCUCGAUUCAGAGUCUGA